UUAGUUAUUUCCUUGUUUCAGUAACGAAAGGUGUAUUGUUUCAGCUCACAAUUUUGGGUUGUUUUAGCUCGACAAAGGCUGCAGUAUAUAGCGGUCACGUAUCCGACCAGGCAUUGACUGACAAGAACCAUGACAUGCCAAGGACUGUGAAGCAGAAAUAUCAAGAUGCCUGUUGACCAAGCGGAGCUGCAACCUCUCCUGAAGGACGGCCAGACUGCCAUACGAAUAGAAAAUGACGAUGGCAGCACCGAAGGCAGCAACACACACAGCACACAGGUUACCGAAGAAGUGCAUCAAGCAGCAGCUGUGGGCAAUGCCAUCCUCUUGGAACGUCUGUUAUGGACGAAGAAAGAGGAGAUUAAAAAGCAGGACAGGUCUGGCUGCACUCCGCUUCACCUGGCAGCAAAGGGUGUACACCUAAGAUGCUGUGAGAUCCUCUUACAAAUGAGUACCAAAGAAGUUAACAUUCCGGACAAGGUUGGCAACACCCCUUUAAUGCUAGCUCUCACAACUGGCAGUACUUCCCUGGAGAUCACGAAGCUUCUCCUGUCUCACAAGGCAAAAGUUGACAUCUCCAAUAAUGCAAGUCUAACACCACUGCACAUUGCAUCCGAGAAAGGAAGUCUGGAAAUCUGUAGGAUAUUGAUUGAGAAGGAUCCGAAGAACAUUGACGCCGUUAACAAAGAAAAACAAACUCCCCUGUAUUUUGCGGCCAAGAACGGCCAUGCAAGAGUUUGUUCCUUCUUAGCAGAUAAAGGGGCCAGCAUCGAAGCCAGGGAUGUACAGGAAUACACAGCGCUUCAUAUUGCUGCCAAAAUGGGUUUCACUGAGUGCUGCAGCCAGCUUCUCAUUUUCGGUUCCUCAGUUAAUAGCACUGAUAAAAACGGCAACACCCCACUCCAUUUACUAUUAUCUUCCGGGAAAAAGAAAGAAAACUGCAUAGAGGUUCUUUGCAAAAAUGGAGCCAAAGUGUCGGCCAAAAAUAACAAAGGGGAAACACCUUUGCACAUUGCCCAGCAUGCUCAAAAUAACAUGUUGGUGAAAUUACUCUCUUACGAGUUUGAUCCAUUAAUCAGAGACCAGAAAGGCAAAACAAUCUUUCAUUGGGCGGCAGUCAGACGUAAAAAAGAAAACUUAGAGACCAUAUUGAAAUUGGAGACUUGGAAGACCCAGUGCCUAGCUUUACUCAUAAAUGCCCAAGACGUUGAUGGGCAUACAGCACUGCAUAUAGCCAUUAAACAUGGGAAUGAGGAAGCGUGCAAGAUCCUGUUAAAGUCCGGUGCAGAUGGUAAUGUUAUCUGCGAGUGCCAUGGUACUGCACUUCAUAUGGCUGCUGAGAACGGACUACAUGAUAUUUGUGAAUUACUUUCAAAAUAUGUAAAUGUCAACUCAAUGAACAAAUAUCUUCAAACUCCACUCCAUUUGGCAGCAAAGGCAGGGCAUGAGAAAUGUUGUCAAACCCUCAUAAGUCGCAAAGCUUCUCUCGUUGCAGAAGACAAAGGCAGAAACACACCCCUUCAUCUUGCUGCAAAGAAUGGCAACGCUGCAUGUUGCCAGGUUAUGCUGCAGUCACAACCUGGUUUGGUCAACAGGAAGAAUGCAGAAGAGAAAACUCCAUUACAUUAUGCAGUAGAAAAGAAAUCCCUUGAAUGCUGUAAGAAUUUAGUUGUACCCAUUGCAAAUAUUUGGAUCUCGAGUUCCAGCAUUGCAAGUGCUGUUAAGAUGGCAUAUGAUACACGGUGUCAAGACAUUUUCACCUUCCUGCUCCUGUCAGAGAAUGUGGUCGGCAAAUAUCACCUUCCAGUAGACAUAGAUAUUCAAGAAAUUCUUCUCAAGCAAAUACAGUUAGGAAACAGCGAGAUAGUGUCAACUAUUCUUGAGAGUAAAUUUGGCGAAGAGUGUUUGCUCCCUCGUUAUACUUCUGGAGACUCCUUCUAUAGUCAGAACGACAGCUUCAGGCUCUUGGUGCAGAAGAUGCCUCUCUUUGCUCAGAAAGCACUGGAUGCUUGCCAACCUGACGGUGAAGAUGACUCCUGGACUGUAGAGAAGAAGAAAUUCUUUGUGCACUAUCUGGACGAAGUAUACAUUCAAUAUGAUGAAUCCUCUAAAGUGGCCACAAGUGGACCGCCUUGUGUGACCCCAAUAAAGGAUGCAUACCAGAAAGUGCUUCAAGAUGAUGGCCGGCUUAAGCCAGACGUGUGCCUCGAGGGGAAGGUGGAUGGUGCAUGGCAAAGUGACCAUGUUCUGUCCUUGAUGCUUCAAUAUGGUCGAGAGGACCUGGUGAGCCAUCCUGUGGUGACCUGUUGGCUCAAUUAUAAGUGGAACAAGUAUGUCAGAUAUGGACACUACUUAUCUGUUAUUCUUGCUCUGCUGUUGGCAGUUUUGCUCACAAUCUUCAAUUCUUUUUCCAUGGACUGGGAAAUGAUGGCAACACACUUUACUGUGCCAAUAACACAAGAGAUGGUAUGUGUUAAUUUCUCCGUGGGACCCGAAGUCUUACCUUACAUGUGGGAACAAGGUCACUUUGCCCAUGUGUUAGGCUGGGUUAUAACGGUCUUUAUAAUAUUACUGAUGAUCUUCGAAAUCUACAAAAUUAUUAUGUUAAGGCUACGGUACUUCAAGACACAGACAAUCAUUUACUGGAUGUGUAUGGUGAUGAGUUUCCUCUUUGUGGGAAAUUACACAUCUUGUUCAUUUCUCACCCAUAUUCGAGAGGAUAUCCAGUGGCUGGCUGGUCUCGCAGCCAUCAUCCUGGCGUGGCUCCACCUCUUUGUCCUCGCCUGGAUACACCCACGCAAUCCCUUCGUCUUUAACUUCGAGAGGUUCUUCGGAGCCGUGCUGGCCAUCGUCCCUCCCUUGGCGAUCGUGGGAGUCGCUGUCUACGCCGUGCACGAAAUCGGGUCGAAGGGCAGUCUCACUUACUCGGACAAAUGGCAGGUCUUGGUGAACAGCUUGGUGUCCGUGCCGAUGAUGGCGACAGCGGUGGUCGUGGGUCUGGCCGCCGUCAUAUACCUGGACGCCGUCAGCUCCGGCCCGAGGAAGCGCGACCGCAGUUUUGCCGAAGGGAACAUCUGGAUGACCUUGGACUUUGACAUCCUCUACCCUUUCCUGAGGAAGAGGUUCUACGCCUACUGGAUCAGCAAGAUGCCAAAGGAGCGCUCUAGAUUCAGCUUUAAAAAUCUGUGGAAACUUUUGGAGUGCAGGAAUGACGGCGACUCCACGGACUCAUCCUGGAGUAAGCUCAAGGACACCGAGACAAAGAUGCAAGAAAUGAGCAUCAUGCUGAAAAACAUAGAACAAAUGCUGAAAGAGAGAAAAAAUUAAUUCUAGAUGAUGAGAACUGUAUAUUUAUAUGAAGUAUUACUGAAAAUUAGGAGACACACCGAAACCCUAAGAACAAUGUCUUAUAGCAUAUUAUACACAUGUGCAUGUUUGAUUCUUUGUUAGGAUGUCUCAAGGUUAUGCUAUAUUGUGAGAAUGGGGUAUUUUAAUCCUUUUCUCUAAACAUCUUAUAUGAUCAGUGAUAUGUGAUAAAUAUUGAAAGUGGUACCAACACAUUAUGCUAAUCAUCUGCCUAAUCAGAUCGAUGUUAUAGUUAAAUAAGAGGAAAAAUAUUAAUGAUUCUCUUUGUA